AUGGGUCGAAAAGGUUCUAAAGAUAACGAUGAUUUUUUUAAUGAAACUUCGGGUGCAGUUAAUCAAGUUGAAGCAACUGAUGAAAAAGGUCAAUUGAUUGAUGGAAUUCAUGACGUGCAAAUUGAUGGUGAUAAAGAAAUCGCACUUGUUCUUUACAAAAAUGAUUAUACUUAUUGUUGGGUACCAGUUCAGAAUUUGAGAAACGCUGAUGUUUUAUUGGAAGCGCAUAGAAAACAAUUACAGGAUUGGAAUAAACGUGAAGUGAUUCGAACUUCUCAAGAGAAACAUGUAGAUCAAGAGACGCAAGAAUCUGGUUCUCUUGGCUUAAAUAAUGAAAAUCUUACAAAAGAUUCGGUGGUGAAUCAUCCUCAUCAACAACCUGAAUCUCCUGAAAUUUGCUCGAGUAAUCAAUCUAUCGAUAAAAUAGAAAAGUCAAAGGGCAAAAAACGUGUUCAUGACGAUGAUGAAUCGCAGCAAAAUGUAGUUGCAAAGAGGCGUGUUGGACGUCCAAAGAAAGUCCUAUUAAUUUCAGUAUCUUCAAGUUCCAAAUUCGAUCGCUUACCAUCACCUGAUCGUGUUCCAUCAGUAGAUAAAGCAACUCAUGAAGAUUCCGAUGGUUAUGAUUUGUGGGACGCUCCUGCAACGCCAGAGCCUCUCCGUGACGUUCUGUCCGCUAAAAGCACAAAUGCAGAAGACUUACAUAAUGGUAUUUAUAUAAUAAUUAUUAGAAACUGUCGUACUUUUAUAGAAACUUCGUACUUUUAUAUAACUGACGAAAUAGAUUAUUCAGAUGAUGGCCAUGAGAAUGACCAUGAUCCAUGGAUGAUGUGGAAUGAGACUGAUUUUUUUGAAAAUAUGCCGGAACUUAAGUCUUCUGAGGAAAAAAAUGACAAAAAAUCACCCACAGCUGGUAGCACUUUACAGCCAGUGUCUGAUCGAUUUUCAGAUUUGACAGUUUCUUCCGAAACUACUCACACGCAAAAUACGAGUACAGAAUUUACGUCAUUAAAAUCAAAUACAGCUUAUUUGGAUGAAAAUUAUUGGAAAUCUCAAUUUCCUCAACAAUUAUCUAGCGAAUCACAUUCUUUACAGGAUUAUAGAUCUACAUAUUCUCACGAUUAUAAAAAAAAUGACGAACGACAGCACGAUAUUAUAAUAAAUACUUCAGCAUCAUUAACUUCAUCUAACGAAUCUUUUGAUACUUCUCCAACACCACCACAAUUUAACAAAAGGCGACAAGACUCGUUUGAAUCUUCGCGAGAAGGAAUGGCUUCUGCUACAUAUCCAUUAUAUACUUCACCUUAUUUUCAAUACCCACCAAAUAAUUCUCUCUCGCAACAUGGGAUUUAUAGUUCACGAGCAUCAGAUUAUUCAUCCUCGCAAUCAAUUUGUUCACCUCAUAUUAUAAAUACAAGCUCAGUUGGUCGGAAUUUAAAUGAUGAUGAAAUGAAUAUUCAAAAAGCAAUUAAAAUAGAAUCUAUUGAGGAUCAACUAUUAACGCAGUGGACUGGCUCUUUAGUUAAAGGCCAGUCUGCUCAAUAUGUUGGGCGAGUUGUGGUUAGACCUUUGAAAGAAAGAUGCGAUAGCGUUGAUUAUAUAAAUACUAUAAUGAAUCAACAUAAAUUAUGGAUGCGAAAUGUGCUACCACAACCGUAUGCAGAGAGAUUAGUAGAUCCCAAAGAUUCAAUCAAAUAUCCAAUAUUUUUAAUGGAUUUUAUUGAUGACGGAAAUGAUAACACACGGAAAACAAUAGAAACUGAUCUUUUUGGGAUGAAAUGGAAUGAAAUUCAAUCUGAUUCACAAACGGUGGCCAUUACUCAAGAUCCUAUAACUCAAGAACGGCUUACAGAUGAUUUAUAUUAUGCAACUCAAGCAUCAAUACUAUCAAAUAGCUAUUUUGCUUUACCAGAAUUAUGUAAGAAUAAUCCACGUUUUGGUGUGUUUGGUCCAAGAGAAAAUUUUGAAGUUAGAGAAGUUAUUGAAGCUGUUAAAUUUUUUGGUGGAGUACAUGAUCAAGACUUUGAAAGCCCAGAUUUGAAUCCGACAAUGGUUAAAAUCUUAUAUUAUAUAAUGACUAGAAUACAUAAUUUAAGUCUAACGGAAUUUAGGCAUGUCAUCUUGAUUCAAGACGACAGUGAAAUAGAGUUAGGGGUUGUUGAUGUUCCUGGAGUAAGUUUGUCAUAUAAUGCUUAA